AAAUCACUCGAAGAAAGAAACAACGGAAUACAAAUCUUGGCAAUUGAUAACAGCGCGACAAUCAUUACCACAAAUUUUCAGCUAAGAGGUUUAGUCUACAAUUGUGGGAUUCGUCAUUUCGAUGAAUGAAUUGUCUUCCAAAAUUAGUUCGAUUGGAAACGUGCCAUCUCGUUUCGUUUCGAGAAGAAAAACCGUUUAGCAUAGCAAUACAUUCCAUGCCGGUGUAUUAUAUUUAGUCAGCGGAAGAUGAAAGUGGCAAUUAGAACAGGCUCUUGUGAAUCUGCAGUGUGAUUUCAACUAGCGAGAUGUUAGGUCGAUCAAGAGUGCUUUUGACGGUCGCCUUGUUAGCUGCACUUUUGCGGUCGACAGGGGGUGCAAAAAUUUUGGGAAUUCUACCCUCAACGGGAUGGUCCCACUAUGUAAUCGGUGAGGGCAUUAUGAGUGCCCUGAAUCAAGCUGGACACGAUGUAACAGUUAUUGGUGCUCACUGUCCGAAGGAUGCUCCCAGCAAUUACGAGUGUAUCGUCGUGAAAGAUUUGGUGUUUGAUAAAGGAGGAUCCACCCCCAAUUUGUUCCAGUACCGCAACGAUCCGUACCUGAAGGUGCUCUACGAUUUGUACACCAUGAUAGGGCCAACUUUAUCGACCUUGUUGAUGUCGCAUCCGAAAGUAAAAGAAUUACUUCAAGCCAACCGGUCAUACGACGCCGUUAUCAGCGAAUGUUUCGUAAGUGAAGCGCUUUAUGGUUUCGCGGAUCACUACAAGGCCCCGUUGAUAGUGUUCUCGCCCUUCGGAGCCUCCAUGUGGACUAACGAGCUGGUGGGAACUCCAUAUCCGUACGCACAGAUACCGCACGUGUUCCUAAGCUAUACAGAUCGGAUGACAUUUUGGGAGCGUUUCGUCAAUACGGCACUGUGGAAUAUCGAUAGCUUUUACUAUAGGAAUAUCUUCCUUCCGAGUCAGCAGGAGAUGUAUGCUAGCUUUUUCCCCAAUGCUUCUCAAUCACUGGCCGAGGUGAUGAAAAGUACGAGCUUGGUGUUGUUGAACCAGCAUUUUAGUUUGAGCUAUCCGCAUCCUUACGCGCCGAAUAUGAUUGAAGUCGGAGGUAUUCAAAUGAAGGAACCGAAAGCGCUGCCUGAGGACCUCGAAUCCUUUAUCCAGAACUCCAAGAAUGGCGUGAUUUACUUCAGCAUGGGCUCGAUGUUGAAGGGUAGCAACUUCCCGGAAGAAAAACGAAACGCCUUCAUCAAUGCCUUUGCCCGGCUGAAGCAAAACGUUCUCUGGAAGUACGAAAACGUCAGCCUUCCAAAUAAACCGGAAAAUGUUCAAAUUAGAAAGUGGAUGCCUCAGAACGACAUUCUAGCGCAUCCUAAUGUGAAACUUUUCAUCACUCAUGGAGGUCUGUUAGGAUCGACGGAAUCCUUGUUUCACGGCAAACCCAUGAUCGGUGUUCCAAUCUACGGGGAUCAACGACUCAACAUGGCUAGAGCUGAAAGGACUGGCUACGGAAUCUCCAUUGAGUACGAAGAUUUGAACGAGGAUUUGAUCCACCAGGCGAUAGAAAAAGUCCUUAAUGAUCCGGCAUAUGCAAAGAAUGCUCAGCUGAUUUCCGACCGGUACCGAGAUAAGCCGAUGACGCCAGCUCAGACGACCGUCUACUGGGUGGAUUACGUUAUCAGACAUGGUGGCGCCCCACAGCUGCAUUCGGCUGCCGUUGAGCUUUCGUUCGUCGCGCGUAGCACGUUGGAUGUUUACGGAACAAUGCUAUUAAUGGCCCUACUUAUGCUUGCAUCUGUUCGGUAUUUGGCGAGGAAGAUCUUCAGAAUGGUUGGCUCACAUCCAGUUGCAAAAACGACAAAAAAGAAUGAUUGAUUUAUUUAGAUAGGUUAAUUUCGUAUAGUUAUGUACGGUACUAUACUGUAUAUGUAAAUAAAUUCUGUCAAUAAUA